AUGUUUGGGAGGGGUGUCUGGAGAAUCAAAGCCCUAUACGCCUGUGUCUACACCUGUGUCUACGCCUCUGUGUACGCCUUUGUCUACGCCUGUUUCUACGCCUCUGUCUACGCCUGUUUCUACGCCUGUGUCUACGCCUGUGUCUACGCCUGUUUCUACGCCUGUGUUUACGCCUGUUUCGACGCCUGUGUCUACGCCUGUUUCUACGCCUGUGUCUACGCAUGUUUCUACGCCUGUUUCUACGCCUGUGUCUACGCCUCUGUCUACACCUGUGUCUACGCGUGUUUCUACGCCUGUGUCUACGCCUCUGUCUACACCUGUGUCUACGCCUGUGUCUACACCUCUGUCUACGCCUGUUUCUACGCCUCCUGUUUCUAUGCCUGUUUCUACACCUGUGUCUACGCCUGUUUCUACACCUGUUUCUACGCCUGUUUCUACGCCUCUGUCUACGCCUGUUUCUACGCCUGUGUCUAUGCCUGUUUCUACGACUGUUUCUACACCUGUGUCUACGCCUGUUUCUACGCCUGUUUCUACGCCUGUUUCUACGCCUGUGUCUACGCCUCUGUCUACACCUGUCCUCUGUCUACGCCUGUGUCUACGCCUCUGUCUACGCCUCUGUCUACGCCUGUGUCUACGCCUGUUUCUACGCCUGUGUCUACGCCUGUUUCUACGCCUGUGUUUACGCCUGUUUCUACGCCUGUUUCUACGCCUGUUUCUACGCCUCUGUCUACACCUGUGUCUACGCCUGUUUCUACGCCUGUUUCUACGCCUGUGUCUACCUCUGUCUACACCUGUGUCUACGCCUGUGUCUACACCUGUUUCUACGCCUCUGUCUACGCCUGUGUCUACGCCUGUUUCUACGCCUCUGUCUACGCCUGUGUCUACGCCUGUUUCUACGCCUGUGUCUACGCCUGUUUCUGCGCCUGUGUUUACGCCUGUUUCGACGCCUGUGUCUACGCCUGUUUCUACGCCUGUGUCUACGCGUGUUUCUACGCCUGUGUCUCCGCCUCUGUCUACACCUGUGUCUACGCGUGUUUCUAUGCCUGUGUCUACGCCUCUGUCUACACCUGUGUCUACGCCUGUGUCUACACCUCUGUCUACGCCUGUUUCUACGCCUGUUUCUACGUCUGUGUCUACGCCUGA